GUGCACCUGUAUUUUGUCUUCGCUAAUUGCUCUUAUCUAUAUAUAGUACGUGAAAGAGGUUCCGAUAACUCUCAGCUUAAAAUAACGUAAAUUUUUAACAAUGCAAAUUUUAGCAGUUAGCUACCUCAGCUCUAUCCAAGAACUGUCAUUGUGUAAGCAGGCAUCUGUUUCAAUAUGGUUAUCACUACCACUCUAUUUGAAAAUUCUAGUGAUGAAUGCUUAAGUUUCCUUUGAAAACAGACAGGCAUCAAAUUGUCUCGUGAUAAUGGUUGCUUGUGUCACUAAUUGCUUGCACAGACUAUCAAGACGGUGAAUUACCUAACUUUUCUUAGAAAUAUUAUAGAUACUAGACCAAAGGUGGUCCUAUCCUAGGGUGACUCAAUUGCUGACGGACAGAUCCUAGGCUAAAUUAGCCGUAGUUUAGGUAACAAAGAGGGAAAAAAUGAAUAACAGUGCCGUGGCAAUUGGAGACAAGCUGGCUCUCAGAGGAUACUUCGGCGUUGUAGAUUAUGUCAUCUUGGUGGGGGUCCUUUUGGGAUCACUCAUCGUGGGACUUACCACAGGAUUGCGCAAGACGACAGGCACACGCGAGUUCUUGACUGGUGGACGGGACAUGAAUCCCAUCGCUGUCUGUCUCUCUUUGCUUGGUGGGGUCAUCUCAGCUAUAUCGGUUCAAGGGAACUCCACAGAGAUGUACUUGUAUGGGUCGCAGCUUUGGAUGAAUAUUCUGGGCUGCCUCUGGGGCACCUUCGUCGUGAUGUUCUUCACAUUGCCGGUGCUCUACCCGCUCAACCUGGUGUCCAUGUGUCAGUACCUAGAAUUACGCUUCGACUCGCCUCUGCUGAAAAAACUAGGUUCCUUGGUGCAGAUAGUGAACUCCAUCAUGUACCUGGGGGUAUGUCUAUACGCCCCGUCUCUCACCUUGAGCUCUGCCAUUGGCAUUCCGAUGUCUAUGUCUCUUCUGGUAUUUGGGUCUAUAUGCGGUAUCUACAUCACCCUGGGCGGUGUGCGCGCAGUCAUCUACACAGACGUGGUACAAACCGUCAUGAUGUUCGUGGGAGUCAUCGCCGUGGUGACGCAGGUUCUAAUUGACUUGGGCGGUUUUUCCAGAGUCUGGGAAAUCGCUGAGAAAGGAGGGCGGCUGGAAUUCUUCAACUUGGAUACGAAUCCUUUGGUACGUCAUACCUUCUGGUCUGUGCAAGUUUUGGGAAUGUACUUCGUGACAAGCGUUGUGGGCAUUUCUCAACCUCAGUUCCAGAGGCUUUCUUCUGUCAGGUCACUGAGGAUCUCCCAAGGACUGUGCGUCGCCUUCUUCAUAGGACUAACCAUUUUAUGGUCGUCGUUCUACUUCUCUGGACUCGUGGCCUAUGCGGCUUAUGCGGACUGUGACCCAAUUGAGAGCGGAAAGAUUGAGAAACCGGACCAGAUCAUGGCCUACAUGGUAGGCGACAAGUUGUCCCAUCUGACCGGGAUGGUGGGGCUCUUCGUGGCUGCUGUCGCUGGUGCCCUCUUGAGCUCCCUCUCGUCCCAAGCCAACGCUAUGGUCGUCUUGAUAUGGGAAGACUUUUUGAGCAGUUGGUGGAUCUUUGCUAAAAUGACUCAAGAAACGGCCACGAGAAUGACCAAAUUUCUGUCGGCCGGGAUGGUGCUCCUAGCUAUUGGGUCCGCUCUGCUGGUGGCUCAGUUGGGGACGUUAUUCCAGGCGGCUUAUAGCAUCUCAGGGGCCAUCAUUGGGCCCUUUGAUGGCCUUUUCAUUACGGCCAUUGGGGCUCCGUGGGUCAAUGCUAAGGGUGCCAUCAGCGGCUUCUCCGUGGCAGUGGCCUUCAACUUGUGGCUCAUCAUAGGAAAGUUCUACUAUGGAGCCGGGAAGGGCGACAAACUUCCCCUCUCUACUGCAGGGUGCCCGAUGGAGGAGGUCCUUUUGCGCAGCCCUUAUAAUGUGUCCCACUUCGAAGGCACUUUGUCACUGGGCAUCCCUACAACGACUGCGCUUCCUUUCAAUGAGAUGCUUGAGAUGAAGCCAAGCAACGACUACUUGCCCAUCUACGACCUCUCCUAUUGCUACCUGGGCACUGUGGGCAUCAUCAUCGUCCUCGUCGUCUCUUCCAUCGUUUCGUUCAUCACAGGGCCCACAAAGCCAUCGGAUGUAGACCUCCGUCUGGUGAACCUGAGAUGCUUCAGGAUCUACUGCAAACUUUACGGGCACAAGGCUGACUCCACGGAACUCUUGAGCAUCAAAGCCCAACCACAGGACUUCGAAGGCCCCAAGACCUUGGGAGAUCCCGAGAACCAGUGGCAGGGAGCAGAUGACAACGUUGUACGGGAUGGCAAGAUAAUAGCCAGCGGAUUCGUCGAUUGCACAGAAGGUGCCGAAACCCGUGAAAAAUCAGACGACCUUCAGAGAUGAGGUUUUGAUGUGCACAAAGAAUGACUUCUGAGAGGGUGAGGGGGAUAUCGAUAUAGUGAACGCUUCCACCCAAGCUGGGUGAGGAAUGACUUACUCGAGAAAUUCUCGUUAUUUCUAGUUAUACUUUACUUUAUAUAUAGAUAUAGGUGUAUGUUUCAUCAUUUUGUUUAUUGUUAAACUUUCUUUACCGACACACGGCUGCAGCCCAUAAUAGUCGGCUGGCCAUUAGGGACAUUAUUCACUCCAUAGUUCAAUAAAAGCGCUGUGUGCUCAGGGAAGGUAGCCGCACCGUUCGCUCCGCACGUGAGGAAACCACAGACAAGGCAACUGAGUUCCAGGCACCGAAACCAAAGGAAUAAACGAAAAAAAGACAUACUUGCAGUGUACAAUGCCUUUGGACUGUGAAUGACGGGUGAUAUAUUCUUACUAUACAGUAUUGGUUUUUCGGUCGCAUCAUUCCCCGUUGCAUUUUGCACCAGAUUGAAACAACCCCUCCCCACACGUGCACACACG